CAGCAUCACCAACAGAUCCAACAUGAAGUUUGUAGCUCUAGCUCUAGCUGUUUUGCUGGCUGCAGGUUGCCAGGCACGAUUCCUGCAGGCUGACGCUCCAUCUCAGUAUGAGCACAUGAGAGCUGCCGUGGUGACCUACCUCGAUCAGGUUAAGGAGACGGCCCAGAAAGCUAUUAACCAUCUUGAUGAUACUGAGUUCAAGGAUUACAAGGCACGCCUCACUCAGAGCCUGAACAACGUUGAGACCGCUCUCAAGACUGCCUCUGAAUCCCUUGCCCCAAUCCGUGAGGGAAUUGGACCCCAGAUUGUUGAGACCCUUUCUGGUGUUCGUGCGAGGUUUUCUCAUGAUCUGGACGAGCUGCGCAAGGAGCUGGAGCCUAAGCGCGAGGAACUGCGUCAGGUUAUAAAGAAGCACCUCGAUGAAUACCGUGAGAAGCUUGAACCUGUGCUGAGGGAGUACUCUGAGAAAAACAACAAGCAGAUGGCAGAGUUCAAAGCCAAGUUUGAGCCUGUAAUCAAGGAGCUGCAGGAGAAGAUCAGGGUUAAUGUGGAGGAGACCAAGUCCAAGCUGACUCCUAUUGUGGAAACCAUUCGCAACCACCUAACCAAGGGCCUUGAGGAGCUGAAGGCCACAUUUGGACCCCAUGCCCAGGAGUACAGGGAGCAGAUUGAGGGUGCCUUCACUGAGCUGCGCCAGAAGUAUGAAUCUGGAGAGCUGCAGAAUAAGCUCAAGAAUGUGGCUGAGGAGCUCAGGCCUCAGUUGCUGGGUAUCUAUGGCACCCUUGAGAAGGCAUUCAAGGCAUAAACAAACCCAUCUACCUUUUCCCCUCAGUGCAAUCUCAAAGGCUUCCAUUUAAUUACUCUAUAUCCUGUUACCAUCACUUGGGCCUGUAAGGGCUGCCAUCACACACAGUCCCAUCAAGACCUCUGCACUUUCCAUAGACCACAUGGUCGGAUGCAAAACUGGACUGUUGUUUUCUGUCCUACAGCAACAUGCCAUUCUGUUGAAUCUACUGUAUAUAGCACAUGCUAAAGAAAAAAUGUUUGAGAAACAUACUUGAAUGCUAGAUGUAAUGACUUGCUGUGCUUCAAUGUUGUCAAAAAAAGACCAAAGAAUGGCUCAAUAAAAAUAAAAAAAAAGAUUUCCUACUG